GAGGGAGAGAAAGAGAGAGAGAGAGGAAGAGAGAGAGAGUCUGCUGUGGUGGUGUUGGGAAUCGGAAGACAUGAGCUCUACAUGAACCGUGUAAAAUGCUUUAAGACGCUUUCAGCGUUUGUCUUGCAUCCGUCUAAACCAAGGACGAGCCUGAAGCGGAGUUAUACUUCACGAGCAGGUGUAAUAUUGUCUUAAGCCUGAGGGGGGCAGAAUGCCGGAGCAGAGCAACGACUAUCGUGUGGUGGUGUUCGGGGCAGGGGGAGUGGGGAAGAGCUCCCUGGUCCUGCGCUUCGUGAAGGGCACCUUUAGGGACACCUACAUCCCCACAGUGGAGGACACCUACCGCCAGGUGAUCAGCUGCGAUAAGAGUGUGUGCACCCUCCAGAUCACCGACACCACAGGGAGCCACCAGUUCCCGGCCAUGCAGCGCCUGUCCAUCUCUAAAGGCCAUGCCUUCAUCCUGGUCUACUCCAUCACGAGCAAACAGUCCCUGGAGGAGCUCAAACCCAUUUACCAACAGGUCUUGGCCAUCAAAGGCAAUGUUGAGGCCAUCCCCAUCAUGCUUGUGGGCAACAAGAGCGACGAGACCCAGCGGGAGGUGGACACGAAGGACGGGGAAGCCCAGGCCAACCAGUGGAAGUGCGCCUUCAUGGAGACGUCGGCCAAGACCAACCACAACGUAACCGAGCUUUUUCAGGAGCUCCUCAACCUGGACAAGAAGAGGAACAUGAGCCUCAACAUCGACGGCAAGCGCUCAGGGAAGCAGUCCCGCGCCGAGAGACUGAAGGGCAAAUGCAGCGUCAUGUAACUCCAGGUGAGGAGGAGAGGGAAGGUGGAGGUUGAGAGAGUGGAUGGGGUGGGAGGAGGGGGGGGGGGGAGAAAUAAGGAGAAAGGGAGGAAAAUAAGGAAGAAGAGAGAGAGAGGGGAAGGGACUCACUAAACGCAUCACUGCGAGCAAAACGUCUGGAAGGUAACGGGAAUCUCAUCAUCCACAUCCUCCUCCGUUUGACUGGUGCGUUCUCAAACACAACUCAGCAGUUAUUUUGUAAACACUACAGAAUUUCAGUUUGGAGCUUUACAUCCAUGUGCAUUCUGCUAAAAGGAGAGAUGAGGGGGACUGACAGAAUAUCGAGAGGCAACAAGAAGUGUGUGUCACAGAUGAAUAACCUGUGGCCGUCAGCUAUAGUCGGAAACAGCGUGGGUGUGGACUUUUCCGUGAUCAAGACCUUGGACUGCAAUAAAUACCACAGACUGCAGCACCCCUCAAAAACUACUGAAGUUUUCUGAUCAAAACAUACCUUCUGAUCAAAACAUACAUACAGUCCUCUUUUACUUCUUCAUUCAAGCCCUCCUUCCAUGCUCAGCUCACAGCCCUCGUCAUCCCAGCACCCUCAUCCUUCGCCUACCCCCCAUACUUUAACACAUAGUCUAUAGAGAAACGUAAUGUAUAUGUAUAUGAGUCGACAAAGUUAGCUAAGCUCACUCAUCUGGUAGAAACACUAUUUUAAGAGACUGAGGUGUCCCUCACGCUAGAAAGCGCAGGACCCAUAAAGGUUUGAGACUGCUAGCGUGACAUUUACAGCAAAAACAUGCGACCCAGCUACAUCCCAGAGCUGCUCAUGAGGACCCUGAGGUAUAUAAACAUGGGGUGUUUAAAUCUAUUCCAUCUCUAAGUCUACACAUCAGUCAGAGGAAUGUGGUGAAGUUUGAAGCAUUAAAGCUUAAUCUUCACAUCUCCUCAUCCUAAUCAUCCCUCCUGAAAGAUAAAAAGGCCCUUUUUGACAUUAAUCAAGCUGUCAUUAUGAUAAAAACUCAUCUGUGAACUCUCUAAAUGGCCUCAUCUGAAGUGGAGAAGCAUCCAGCGGCAGGGUAUGCACACACGCUACUGAUACGACGCAACAAUCCUUUUAAGACUCUCAUCUAGUGUAGAAUAACUCUGGACAAAAAGAAGCUGGACUCUCAUCAAACAUAGGAAACAGAAAUACAAGUCUAACUUGUCUACGAGGACGAUACACUCGGAUAAUCAUUGCCAAGCUGGUAAGAGGAAAGAGAUGAUUUUUGGUUGUGAAGUCAAGAAUGUCAGUUUGCUUUGGCACUUUUCAUGUGAAGGUUUCUCUUCUUUUGCCUUUUUUCUUGUUUGUUUGCUCUAUGAUGUUCUUUAAAUUAAUGUAAAAAAGCCCUCCUUAAACAAAAAGCACACUGAGAAAAAUAAAUAAAUAAGGGAUGGAUGUAAAAUUGCUCCAUGCAGAUUAAUCAGUGCGACAGGAAUCGCUAUAUUCUGUUUCCUCUUUGGUUGGUUUGGUCACAUUACCUCUCAUACGCUCAUGUAGGCAUCGGUAAACAGGAAACAGAAUGGGCCACGCACACACACACACAUACUGUAUACACACACACACAGCAUGCGCACAAAUGCAUUCAUGCAAGUGUAAAAAAAAAUGUCAAUAUGAGUAACACCGUUGACUGAUUACAUGAAGACAAACAGGGCUCACUCAGCCUCAGUGCCCUCACAUUGCACUUUAUAUCAUAAACACACACCCACGUGCACACACAGAACUGUAAUUUCUCAUGUUUUUGCUUAUGUUAAGUGUUAAUGAUCUCUGCCUAACAGAAUAUCCUCCUGGAGCCAUUUAAUAGCUCUACUGUAUGUCCAAAGUGCAUGUAUAAACCCCUUUUAUUUAUUUUUUUUUACAUGCAGGAGCUCUGAAUAUUGUACACAGUGUACACAGGACAGCCAAAAGCACAAUACUUUUUUACCAACAUAUCUAUUUGUACAUUUUUUGUUUCUUUUUUUAAAAUGUUUUAUCAUUUUUUGUCUUUUUUGUGCAAUUUUUCAUCUUUAACAUUUAUUCACCAAUCUUAAACAUGGAGAAACAAAUUGCAUCAUGAUCACCUAGCUUCUCCGUCUCGAUAUAGAUGUAAAGUGUUUUAUUUGUCCGGUACAUGGCACAGUGAGGUUGUGGUUCUGUUGAGCAACAGGGUAUCGUGAUGUAACCGGUUAGCUGUGGUUGUGAUUGAAGCGCGUAAAUGCGACAUAACCCCUUUUCUUCAUCUCUCAGGCGGUUUUAACAAUUUGGAUGGAGGAUAAUCUGUUUCUGUACCGUUUAACCCAAAGACAUAGAUGAUGCCCCUUUUAACUGUGUGUCCAUCUCUCUGGAAAAAAAAAAGCACAGCAACUGUUUCCGUCUGUCUUUAUAUGUGCAGCAGAAUCAACAACAGGGCACUUUAGGGUGACAUGUUACUUGACGACUUGUUUAUUAAUCAGCAAUGCCUCAUUUAUAAGCAUCAUGUAAAAUGUCCGUCCUGCAUUAUUCACACCCACAGACCCACAUAAAAAAAAAUUCAAACGUGCAGUUAUUGUAAAUAAAAUGCUAGUUGAAUGAAAUGUUCAUAAGAGCUUCAAGUAAGAUGUUACCCAUGUAAAGAAAAACUGUCUUAUUGGGAAUAAGUCCUUUGUAACCAGGAAAUGUUAUACAGUAAUACAGUAGAAGGCUCGAUGUUGCUAUGUACUGUAAUAUAAAGCUUAAUAAUGAUGUUCAUGAUAUAUUGUAUUUGACACAUCCACUCUUCAGAUCUAUCAAUCAGAUAAUACUAGCAAAAUGUGACUAUGUAACUAAAGGUUCCACUCCAUGGAUGUUCCUUUUUAUUUUAUUUGGAAAGCUGAAUGAAUCCGUUGUUAUCGAUCGUGUUGUACUUUGCACUAAUGUGAGGUCCUGUUAUACUCAAAAAUGUGCAUUGUAAAACCUACCCUUUACCUCUUAGAUGCCAGGGAUUCUCACACAUACUCUUCUUCAUUUUUCAUCAUCAGUUUGUGUUGGUUUGUUUUAGAUGCCAGAAGGAUGGAGUGAUUUCUGUCCUGUCAUGUACCUACCUGAUGUGUCCUUCUAAAGGUUAAAAAGCUAGAAAAACUAAAGCUGGAAAUUAUCUGUAUAACUGUCAAACAGUUCUGGUCUGAUCUGAUGCGUGGCUACUGGCAGUAGUGGUGCACAGGCUGCAUAAAUAUGAGCUUGACACGUCUGGUUGCUUCACGCAAACGCCAGCUUGCGAGCGCAUGUUUGUGCAAUCUGUUGUUCUGCUGACGUCUACAGGAGACUGUCGUCGUUCAUAUUCCUGUGUGGAAUAUGAUACAGCAGGGAGGGAAAAACAAUGAGACGGUGUGCAAAAGCAUUAUUGACAUCAUGCUGGAGCGAGAGGCUGUGCUAAUAAUAGCAAUAGUGUAAAAAUAUGGGGUGCUUACUGCACUGACUAACUAGCCUGUAUAAGAUUAAAAUGUGCUUGCAUGUGAGGGGGCGUGCAUGGGAAGUGUGUAAGCGUCCGUUAAGUUUCUUGGGCUGUGUGAGUUAAAUGCUGGCAUGAAUCAGGACAGACACCUCUGCCCCCGUCCUCCCAUCGCUUGUCUCAUCUCAUUUAUCAAUGAAGCAUAUUCACUACUACUGCUGCUGUCUCUGUGUGUGUGUGUGUGUGUGUGUGUGUGUGUGUGUGUGUGUGUGUGUGUGUGUGUGUGUGUGUGUGUGUGUGUGUGAGACCGUGAGUGCAUCCAUGUAUGUGCGCAAUCAGCCACCUAUUUGCAUCCCUUCACUCUGGCCUGCAUGAGUGUGUAUGUGUGCAUGUUUGUGUGCUGUUGUUACCAUCUUAUGAAAUGUCUGUCAGAUAUUUGAAGCUUUCCUGUGGAGAAUGCCUACACAUUUCUUCAUGAGUCAUCCCGCAGGCAUGGAGGCAAAAUAGACAGACCGCAUGCCCUUAGCUGUACGCACAAACUUUUACAGGCAUAUUACAUUCAUACAGGCCUCAUUCUCUCAUUGGCUGUUUUUUCUUCUUCUGCUCUGACCUGUUGUUCAUGCACCACUGUCAGCACUACUUCUCUGUAUAUCAUCUGUCCGUCCCCUGAAAUCUUGAGUUUCUUUCACAUUCAUUCCUCCGAUUUUUGUGCGGCGUUUGUGAGUCGGUUGUACUUAAACAGACGAAAGGCCGAGCCUGCUCACAUCUGAUUGUAGAUAGUUGUAAAUAGUGUUCAAAGGACUUACUAUUUCAGAGGUGAGAGAUGAGUGUGCAGAGGAAAGGAUGCUGUGGUGGGAAGGUGCCUUCACCUGCAUUUCCUUGUUAUAGUCAAAGUGUCCAAUUUGAAGUAACACAGCAAAACUAAAAGUUUCCUUCAGUGCUACUUGGAGACUUUAUGUAAACUUUAUCAGCUGUCAUGAAGUUGUUCAUACUUUUGGCUUUUUCCAAAGUGUGCUAUAUUUUUCUCAGCAAGAAGAAAAUCUAAUAGACUUUGAAAGAGAAAAUCUACGGAAGCCCACAGUGACCAAUUUUAGAUUAAUUAAAUAAGAUGUAAAAUAAAUAAUCAUAUGACUAAAUACAGACUAUAGAAUAUAUAUGAAAUUCUAAAAUAAUGCAAUGAAAGUUUUAAAGUCAGCUCAUUAUUAUAAAAUGUCAUCCGGUUUCUUUUCAAAAUAAGAGUUAACUGCAGGUCAUUUUUAUUUUAUUUAGCGUUUUUUAUUUCCUAAUGUCAAUUUCACAGUUUUUUGUUUUUCCUAAUGAACAUUUAUUUUAUAACGCACUUUUCAUCACAAAGUCUUUGUCUGUUAAUCAAGACAAACAGGGCACAACCAGUUGUGGGAUUGACUGUCUGCUUAAUCAGACCAAAGCAGGAGCCAAUCACAUAAUAGGAUCUUCCUUAUCUGUUUAGAUGAAAAGUGACUUCAUAAAAGAAACUGGCAUUGUGAAAUAAAAACAAACUUCAGAAGCAUUUGAAAAUAAAAAUUGCUGGAAUUGAAUAAAAAUUUAAUUAAAUGAUGCUAUUGGGAAAAGAAGCAGGAUAAAAUAAUAUUGAAUUAUACUAAACCGAGUUUUUAAAAUAUUUGUUGAUUAUUUCACAGCUGUAAUGCAUUUUUUCUUUAUGUAAUUCAUAUGAUUAUUUAUUUCAUAAUGUCAUAUUCAUUUAUUUAAUAUUAAACACUUUGGGUCUCCAUAGAAAUCGACAUAAGCAACAACCAAAUUUCAAUUAGGACCAAGCGAAGUUCACCUCACCGUGUUUUAGCACUGGUCAUGUUGCUAAAGAGCAUGUUGUACAGCAGAGGAAGUGUGGUUCACGUGUUCUUCCAUAGCAGGAUUAGAAACAUGACCCUGUGACGCUGAAACGAAGGGCAGUCGGUAAAAUCUAAAUACACAGAAAGGGUUGUUGUUUUCUUGUUUAACUAAGGUAUGUUCCAUAAACUCAUUCCUACAGACAAGGACAGGUUACAGUCCUGUCGAGUUGAGCUAAAAGGCAGAAGAUCUAAAGGAAACCAGUGUUGCUCCAGCUCACCCCUUUACAUCUUGUGUGAUCGUCUCAGAUCCUCACAAGCUGUUUUUUGCAGACAGGGGGCGUAAAGUGGGGCAUAUAGACUUUGUGGGUAAUGUAGUUUGGUACUAUCCUGUCGCUCUGGCCCUUCAUUCCUGCAUGGUCCCUAUUGGUGUUACAGCCAGCAUGAGAACAAGGACACAAACUGUGAAUCAUCUUUGUAUUUUUUAAAUAAAUUCCUCAGCAGCAUUUACAGCUUCGGUUUUGCAAAUUCGGUUUUAUUUCUUUUAAGCACUUAUUGUUUUUUGUAAAUGAUUCUAUUGCUUUAUCUUUUCUUCUGUUGGGACUUUUAUUUAACUAAUUAUGAUGUAUAGAUAUUUAUUCUAGCAAUAGUCUUCCUAUUAAGAUAUACUGUGCUGAUGCAUCCUCUGAAUAACGGAAAAUAACAUAUAUAUAUAGAUGAUAAUAAUAAUCAAAUCUGCAAAAUGAUUUUCCUAAUAAAAAUGUGAACUGAG